GCUUAUCCACUUAAACUAAAUCCUAGCUGUCAGCUGUUGAUUGGUUGUGUUCAGGAGUAUGAGACGAACAGAACAUCCGGAAAAGAUGCGCCCACGGUCGUCCGGCGGAUGGAGUUGGCUUCAAAAGUUGGAAACAUUGUUGAAACCAGUCCAUGGAAGCUUCUCCCAGAGGAUGGACAAUCUUUUUCGCGGAAAGGGAUUCAGACUGGCCCCGCAUCUUCCCUUAUCGAAUGGAAACCAUAGCUCACAGCCUUAUACGUUGCGGAGGCCGCGAAACAGGUCGAGUGACCCUCGCUGCUCCAUCGGAAAGGCCGACGAUUCGUGGCAUGGUUCGUUAAUCAGCUAUCUGAUUGUCGUUCUCCUCUCGUGUUUGAUUGGCACCUGCCUUUACAUUCAGUCUCUUGGCGGCGGAAAUCUAGCAUGGAUGAAGGCGCAUUUGACCACACUCGCAAUUUAUUUGGUCGCAGCAGUUAUUUUUUUCACUAUUCCUAUUGCAACCACCCUCACGCUGCAGACCCUCCCUUUCCAGGCCAAGUUAUUGGCCUUAUCCGCUGUACUUCUGAAUCUGGUAUUGUUGAGUCUGUAUGAUACAGGCGCCUCAUUUGAACACCAUGGCCAGUACAAUGCACUUGUGUUUGCAACCAUACUCUUCCCCGUUAACUGUAUUAUUUAUUCGUCCGUCGUCCUUUACCGAUACUUUCCGCGCAGAUGCCCGCCCUUCACCCUUUGCCUAUUGAUUGUCUUGGUUUCGGCAGUAUCCCUUCAGCUGAUGCGAUACCAGCGUGUCUACCCCCAAGGCCUCCCUGGAAAGCGAGCUUUGAAUGUGUUGCCUACAGGCGAACAUCUGUGCCCUCUUCAGCCUGGAAUACCCUGGCAAGAUCUUCUUCCCAAAGGGGCCAUGAACUUCUGGACCGGGUCGCAAGCUUGCCCCCCCAACAAGUAUGUGCUGCGGGUCGAGGUUUCGCCGAACGGAACAAUGAAGGUGGACGGAUGUCCGUCUCACGAGUCCCUAUCCUAUGUGCCAUUCCCGGACACGAAAACGUGGAACACUUCAUCAAAGGAUCUGUUUCAGAUAAACAAAGAGGUGCUUGCGCAACUCAAGGAGAUCCCGUACGGUCCGUCAGCACAACUUCCGCCGGAUUGCGAGUCUUUCCUCGUCCAAUGUGGCUCCGCCACACGACAGCUGUUCUUCCGUAAGACGCAAAGGCAAGCCUCAUCGCCAUCGCCCUCUCUGAAGGCGUCUCCGCAGCAAUACAACAUACUGGUUCUCUUCAUCGAUGCCGUUUCGCACCGUCACUUCUAUCGUAAGCUGCCUCUGACGGCGGAGGUCCUGUUCCAAAUGACAAAGAAGAGUGGAUUUUCGCUGCACGAGUACUUCCGCUACUCGCUCACAGGUUUCAACACCGAUCCGAACACGCUUGCUCUCUACACCGGACAUUUAUGGGAUGAAGGGGAGACUUCGCACCGCCAUGAGCCCCUUUGGGAGGGGUUACGUCGCAACGGGUACGUUACGGCUUGGAUGAAUGACGACUGCGACGACUGGAGCGUGUCAUGCAUGAAACGCACCACUUCGUAUGCGCUCUCGCACGAGCUUCUGGCACCCUUCUGCCACCCAGAGUACUACCCAGCAGUCGGCCAUCCAUUCGGCAACUUCAAGGGUCCGUACUCUAUACGCAGGAGAUGCCUUUUUGGCCACUAUGUCCAUCACCACGCCUUCGCCUGGGUGAACCAUAUGGUCUCUCUUUACCACAAGAAACAGCCGUUUGCUUUCUUCAACGCAUUUAUCGAAGGGCAUGAGGGAUCGGGCGAAGUUCUCUCCACGAUGGAUGCAGAACUCGCCGAUUUCCUCAAAAAGGCGUCGGACUCGGGACUCUUCGAAGAUACUGUGUUGCUCCUCCUAAGCGAUCACGGAAACCAUAUGUCGCUUUCUUAUGUGUACACGGAGAACGGUCGGCAAGAGCAUGAGUCGCCUUUCCUAUUCGUUUCAGUGCCGGAUUCGCUGGCUGCGGCUGCGGAUGUUGACGACCCCUCGCGAACCGUUGGCCAGAACCUCGAAAGGAACGAACAGGUGCUUGUGAACGCGUUUGACAUCCACUUCUUUCUGAAAGUCCUCAUUCAGUGGCAAGACAGGGAAAAUCUGCAUGGCGACGCCCAAGGGUGGUGGCGGCAGAGUCUGUUGUCAAACAAACGCGCCAACAGGACGUGCGAAGAGGCCAAGGUUCCCGACAACUUCUGCUGGUGUCACCACCCGAACAGUAUGCCGACGUGAAUUUUUAUGAAGGCGUUCUUCGUUUUUUAUCAUUUUUAAAUGUUUUUUUGCAUUUUUUUUUAUUUACCUAUGAUUCAUCAUUGUGUAGGAGGAAGUCACAAAUCUUAUUGUUUUACAAGCACUGAUUACAGUCGAGAGUGUUUUUUUUUUCCCUCUUUUUUUUUUCAAGCUUUGAUUAUAUGUAUGUAAUCUAUUUUUUAUUCGUUCCACUGCUUUCACACUUGGCUUGCGCUUUUUCUUCAGAAGGUUGCCCAAGGGUAUUACUUUUUUUAUGCUCUGCUUUGUGGAAGCCUCCCCAACAUGGGAUUUAGGAAUUAUUAUUCUGCAUAUAAUUGAUGCUCCUGUUACGUGGAUGGGAAUUCGCAAUUCUCAUGAUCAGAUCAGCGUGGAUUUCUUAAUUGAAUCAGACCAUUUGGAUGGGAUAGAUCGGAGUUGUGCAUUCGGUUUGGAUUUACAAUCAUCAUCGCCUACUAUAAAUCGAUUAUCUGUCGAAGAGUAGAGAUCGCCGAUCAGGGUGUCGUCAUUGCCUUUGCAUCGUUACUUCUGGCUUUGAGCUACCGGAAGUCGGAAAUCUAUUUUUAGCAUAUACCCAUUCUCUUGCGCAAAACCGGGGAGCUCAGAACAGGGGCUCACCAGACCCCUACAGUCUCUGUUGAGAUCUUGGAGUCUUUGCUGCAGCUCCCAGGUCAGAAGGUUAGGGGCAAGUGGCUCUGCAAUGUGUGUUUAGGUCCUGGAGUUUUUUUGCUGCAGCUCUCAGGUUGGGAACGUUAGCACAAGUGGCUCUGCUACGUGUUUAGAUUCUUUAGAUUCCUUAGAUUCAUUAGAUUCCUUAGUACCUGGCGGUUUUGCUAUAGCUUAGGUCAGAAGGUUGAGGACAAGUGGCUCUGCUGUGUGUUUAGAUCCUGGAGUAUUUUGCUGCAACUCUCAGGUCAGAAGGUUAGCACAAGUGGAUCAUCCUUGUGAGCUAUGGUAGCCCCCUCGGGGGGGAACGCAUUUCUGCGACUCCACGGCAGGUGCGGGUUGGUGUAGGUCUUAAGUCUGGAUAGGGAGGUCUGGGUCACACCACUGUAUGGCUCGACUUGCAAUAAGAUUAGGAUGUAACAGGUCACGAAUGAUGCCCCCUGGAGGAAGACUGUCCUUGGGGUUGUCACAAGCCAUCCGACCUCCUCACUGGUCGAGUACGACGACAGGCACCUCCUGAGGCUUAGCAUCCACCCUCUCCGACGACAUGGACCUUUCAAAAAAAAAAAAAAAAAAAAAAAAAAAAGCAACAUCCUCGUGGGAUGUGAUUGCUUGAUGUUUUAUGUUUUUUCGCCUUGGGAGUGAUAUGAUUGGUCCCCCUGGGAGUGAGAUGAUUGGUCCCCUUGGGAGUGAGCUGAGUGGUUGGUCCCCUUGGGAGUGAGCUGAGUGGUUGGUCCCGUUGGGAGUAAGCUGAGUGGUUGGUCCCGUUGGGAGUGAGAUGAUUGAUACUCUUGGGAUUGAGAGUCAUUGAUCCUGUUUUGGGAUUGUGGCGAUUGCAAUUAGUGAAUCCUUUGUUUGUCUAUUUUUGGAACUGGGCUGUGUCUAUUUUUGGAAGUGGGCACAAGUGGUCGUAUCAAGUUAUUAGGUAGGUGCUUGAGAGUGUAGAGUCUAGACUAAACAUUAGCACUGUCCAGCUGCUGGCAUAGUUCAUGCUAUUCUAGGAAAGCUAGAGCCUUGUUUGCUAUUUUUUUCUGAAUUGGGCAUGAUUGGUCUUAUUAGGUAGGUGCUUAAGACUCUAGAGUCUAGACUACCAUGAACACUGUCCAGCUGCUGACAUAGUUCAUGCUAUUGUAGGAAAAUCUAGAGCCUUGUUUGCUAUUCUCUGGGAAGAAGAACCUUGUGGGAGGGUCUUGCUAUUGAUACAACCAAAUUGGACUAUCCUUGUGGGGAAAAAGGGAACAAAUUUCAAAAAAGACC